CUCUGCACACCCGUCUCUGCCCUCCCUCUUCCCGUGUCGCUCCUGACGACGCCGCGCCACAGCGUCCGCACACUCUGCGCUCCUGGCCGGCUUACGACGCUUCUAACCCACCUCGGGCCUGCUCUGGGGUCGGCGCACCUCUCCGCGUCCCCUUGUCCUUGCGGCGGCUCGUGCGAGCGCGCGCGUCGGGUUCCUCUUGCGCAGGCGCAUCCGCAUCCGCCGCCCAGACUCGACCUCUCGCGUCGCUCCGUGCGCAUCGCCUGAGCAGGGCUCACGCAGACCACCACUCGCUGCGCCGCUCCGCACGUUCGCGCCACGAUGGCAGCCUCCCGGGCGCUCUCGGCCUAUGUGCCAGGCACCAAGGCCUGGUUCACGGACAAGGACCUCGGCUGGAUCUCGGCCACGCUGGCCAAGGCCGUCUCGACCUCCGCGUCCGGCGAUGUGGUGCUUGAGUUCACCCUCGACGACGGCGGCGCGACGCGCGAGGUCAAGACGAGCCUUGCCAAGCUCGAGGAGCAGGGCGCCAUCGACGAGAUCCUGCCGCCGCUGCGGAAUCCGCCGCUGCUCGAGGCGACCGACGACCUGACGAACCUCAGUUAUCUCAACGAGCCAGCAGUGCUGCACGCCAUCCUGAACCGCUACUCGCAGCGCCUCAUCUACACCUACUCCGGCAUUGUGCUCAUCGCGGUCAACCCGUUUGACUCGCUGAACCUGUACAGCGCCGAGAUCAUCCAGGCGUACUCUGGGCGCAAGCGCGGCGAGCUGGAGCCGCACCUGUUCGCCAUUGCUGAGGAUGCGUACCGCUGCAUGAUCCGCGACCACAAGGACCAGACGAUCGUGGUCAGCGGCGAGAGUGGUGCCGGCAAGACCGUCUCGGCCAAGUUCAUCAUGCGCUACUUUGCCACUGUGGAGGACCCGGACAAGCCCGGGUCGCGCAAGGCCGGCAGCGGCGGCAACACGGGCCCCAGCGGCAUGUCCGAGACGGAGGAGCAGAUCCUCGCGACAAAUCCGAUCAUGGAGGCGUUCGGCAACGCCAAGACGAUCCGCAACGACAACUCGUCGCGCUUCGGCAAGUACAUCGAGAUCCUCUUCGACAAGCGGCAUGAGAUUGUCGGCGCCAAGAUCCGCACAUAUCUGCUCGAGCGCUCUCGCCUCGUGUUCCAGCCGACGGAGUCGAGCGAGCGCAACUUCCACAUCUUCUACCAGCUCUGCGCCGGCGCGCCGUCGUCCGAGCGCAAGGAUCUCGGCCUGGACGAGGCGACCAAGUUCCACUACCUCAACCAGGGCGGCAACGCCGUGAUCGCAGGCGUGAACGACGCCGACGAGUUCAAGGCGACGCAGAAGGCGCUCAGCACUGUUGGCGUGACGAUUGAGCGGCAGUGGCAGAUCUUCCGCCUGCUCGCGGCGCUGCUGCACCUCGGCAACGUCAAGAUCGGCGCGAGCCGCAACGAUGCGAUGCUGUCCGAGGACGAGCCGGCGCUCUUCAUGGCCACGCGCAUGCUCGGCGUGGACAUGAACGAGUUCCGCAAGUGGACGCUGCGCAAGCAGAUCGUCAUGCGCGGCGAGAAGAUCGUCUCGAAUCUGAGCCAGGCGCAGGCGAUCGUCGUGCGCGAUGCCGUGACGAAGUACGUCUACACGUGCCUGUUCGACUGGCUCGUCGACCAGAUGAACGAGAGCCUGGCGCUGGGCAGCUCGCGCUCGCGCGACACGAUGAUCGGUGUGCUGGACAUCUACGGCUUCGAGCGCUUCAAGGUCAACUCGUACGAGCAGUUCUGCAUCAACUACGCCAACGAGCGCCUGCAGCACGAGUUCAACCGGCACGUCUUUAAGCUCGAGCAGGACGAGUACCUGCAGGAGCAGAUCGAGUGGACGUUCAUCGACUUUGCCGACAACCAGCCGACGAUCGACAUGAUCGAGGGCAAGCUCGGCAUCCUCUCGCUCCUCGACGAGGAGUCGCGCCUGCCGUCGGGCUCGGACGCCAGCUUCCUGCAGAAGCUCUUCACGCAGCUCGAGCGGCGCCCGGAGCUCAAGGACAGCUUCAAGCGCCCGCGCUUCGGGCAGACGAGCUUCACCGUGUGCCACUACGCGCUCGACGUGACGUACGAGAGCGAGGGCUUCCUGGAGAAGAACCGCGACACGGUGCCCGACGAGCACCUGGCGCUGCUCUCGAACACGACGAACAACUUCCUCAAGGACGUGCUCGAGACGGCCACUGCGAUCGCGCAGGCCUCGAAGGACGCGCCAGCGCCGGCAGCUGGCAAGCCCGGUGAGGCGCCCGCCGCAGAUGCGAAGCCCGCGCCGCGACGCGCCGGAGCCGGCGGCAUGGUCAAGAAGCCGACGCUCGGCUCGCAGUUCAAGGCGAGCCUCGUCUCGCUGAUGACGACGAUGGAGGCGACGAACGUGCACUACAUCCGCUGCAUCAAGCCCAACGAGGCCAAGAAGGCGUGGGGCGUCGAGCCGCAGAACGUGCUGGGCCAGCUGCGCGCGUGCGGCGUGCUCGAGACGAUCCGGAUAAGCUGCGCCGGCUACCCGUCGCGCUGGACGUUUGCCGACUUUGCGGACCGCUACUACAUGCUCGUGCCGUCGAAGCACUGGGACAUGUCGACGAUGGACAAGGUCAAGGACCUCGCCACGUUCAUCCUGCGCACCACGAUCACCGACGAGGACAAGUACCAGAUCGGCCUGUCGAAGAUCUUCUUCCGCGCCGGCAUGCUGGCGCACUUUGAGCAGCGCCGCGGCGACCGCCUCAACGCGCUCGUGACGCUCAUCCAGAAGAACCUGCGCCGCAAUCACGAGCAGAAGCGCUACCAGAAGCUGCGCGUCGACACGGUGCGCGUGCAGACGUGGUGGCGCAUGGUCUCGGCCCAGCACCUCGUGCACCGGCUGCGGCAAGACUCGGCCGCCGUGCGGAUCCAGAGCGCCACGCGCGCCUUCCUCGCACGGCAGUCGUUCCUGCGCGCUCGCCGUGCCGUCGUCGCCGUGCAGAGCAUGGCGCGCGGCAUGCGCAUCCGCUCGACGUUCAUGGCCGACAAGCGCGAGUUCGCCAUCACGCAGCUGCAGUCGCUGCUGCGCGGCGCGCUGGCGCGGAGGCAGUUUGCGCACGAGCGCAAGGGCAUCAUCCACCUGCAGAGCUGCUACCGCCGGCGCCUGGCGAAGAAGGAGCUCAUCGGGCUGCGCAACGAGGCCAAGUCGGCGAACCACUUCAAGAUGGUCUCGGGCCGUCUCGAGAACAAGGUCGUCGAGCUCACGCAGAACCUGCAGGCGCGCACAAAGGCCAACAAGGAGCUCAGCACCAAGAUCCGCGCCCUCGAGGCGCAGGUCAAGGCCUGGCAGGGCAAGCACGAGGAGAUCGACGGCCGUGCACGCGGCCUCGAGGAGCAGCUGGCGCUGCCCACCGUGCCGCUGGCCGAGUUUGAGCAGCUCAUGGCCGAGAAGCGCGACAUUGAGGCGCAGCACCAGGCGUCGAUGAAGCGCGUCGCCGAGCACGAGGCGCGCGUCAGCGAGCUCGAGGCCCAGAUGAAGGCGCAGGCGCAGGACAUCGAGGCCAAGGAGCUGGCGCUCAAGGGCAUCGGCAAGACGUCCGACGAGGACACGGCCACGAUCACGACGCUGCGCACCGAGGUUGCCACGCUGCGCGCGGAGGUCAACCGCGCCAAUGCACUGGCGACGCUGUCGAAGAACUCGCAGCGCAUCGAGAACGCCGCGCCGCCAGUGUUCCAGAUGUCGACGGGCAAGGACGGCUUCACGAGCCAGGGCAAGCGGCGGCCACGGCGCCACUCCGAGGUUGGCCCGUGGAGCGAGUCGGUGGGCAACGGCGUCGAGGCCGAUCUGGACAUGACGGAAGCCAAGCGCAGUGUCGCGCACGCCAACCGGCACGUCAGCAUGGCCUUCCAGCCCGGGCAAGGGCCGCGGCCAGAGGACUACGACGAGGAGAGCGCGGCGCAGGACCAGAUCGUCUCGAUUCUCGAGGACGAGGAGGGCCUCGACCGCGAUGUGCUCGACACGAUGAUCCGCAACCUGCGGCCGCCGGCGCCGAGCCUGCAGAACCCGCCGUCGCCCAAGGAGGUCUUCUUCCCGGCGCACGUGGCCAUCAGCCUGCCGGUCAACGAGCUGUGGAAGUACGGCAUGAUCCGCGAGUCGGAGCGCUUCCUGGCCAACGUGAUGCAGCAGGUGCAGCAGCACGUCAUGACGUUCCAGGGCGAGGACGCCAUCGUGCCGGGCAUCUUCUGGCUCUCCAACAUCCACGAGGUGCUCUCCUUCGUGUGCAUCGCCGAGUCCGACAUGCUGCAGGGCAUCGGCCCGGGCAUGGACGGUGCCGCGCGGCCCUUUGAGUGGGGCGACUACGAGCGGCUGGUGACGAUUGUCAAGCACGACCUCGACAGCCUCGAGUACAACAUCUACCACACGUUCAUGCAGGAGGCCAAGAAGCGCCUGCACAAGAUCGUCGUGCCCGCGCUCAUCGAGAGCCAGUCGCUGCCCGGCUUUGUCACGAGCGACUCGGGCGGCCGGCUGUUCAACCGCCUCAUCUCGGGCAACUCGACGCCCGCGUACACGAUGGACGACGUGCUCGGCAUCCUCAACAAGGUGUGGAAGAGCCUCAAGAGCUACUACGUCGAGCCGAGCGUCACGAGCCAGUGCAUCAGCGAGCUGCUGAAGCUCAUCGGCGUGACAGCGUUCAACGACAUCCUCAUGCGGCGCAACUUCUGCUCCUGGAAGCGGGCGAUGCAGGUGCAGUACAACAUCACGCGGCUCGAGGAGUGGUGCAAGUCGCACGACAUGCCCGAGGGCACGCUGCAGCUCGAGCACCUCAUGCAGGCCACGAAGCUGCUGCAGCUCAAGAAGGCGACGCUCGGCGACAUCGACAUCAUCUACGACGUCUGCUGGAUGCUCACGCCGACGCAGAUCCAGAAGCUCAUCAGCCAGUACUCCGUCGCCGACUACGAGAACCCGAUCUCGCCAGAGAUCCUCAAGGCCGUCGCGUCGCGCGUCGUGCCCAACGACCGCAACGACCACCUGCUGCUGCCGCCAGAGGUCGACGAGGCCGGACCGUUCGAGAUCCCGCUGCCGCGCCUCGUCACGGGCAUCGAGACGUACUGCCCGGCGUAUCUCAACGUGCCUGUGCUCAAGCGUCUGGCCAGCUGCGUGGCAUGAUGGCCGGCGGCACGCAUCGACACCAUAGACGGG